AGUGCCAAAGGAAAUAGGGCCAACUGCAACUUGCAAUGCAUUUUUUGCACAGCAAACAUGACAUGCUAUCCAUUAAGCAGCCAAACUGCUAAACUGGUCUAAUUUUAAUUCUAAAAUUAAAAUGUUUCAUCUUGUAUAGUGGAAAGAAUUGCUCCUUUGUGGUAAUCACAAAAUAUUACCAGUAUAUUUCAACAUCAUGAUCUUAAAACAUCUGAAUAAAACAGCAAAUAUGCAUUGCAAGUUGUAGCAAAAUUAGUCUAGUGUAGUGUGAAUCUUAACUAGAGGGCUGGAGUUGCUGUUUCCAAGGAGGAAUUGCCUGUGUUUUGGAUUCAUAAAGUCGCAGGGAUUGAUGUAUUGAUAAAUUUGUUAGUAUAUAAGAUGACAUAUGACAAGUGGUCAGUGUAUUAGUGUCAUAUUAUAUGCAAAUAAUGAUGAACAUGAAGCAGAGGCUGGUGAAGAGAGGAAUGAAGAGGAGAAGAGUGAUGAUGCAACAACAAGUACAGAUGCAGCAUUUCCCGAGCCUGUGCAGCAAGAUCAACAGCAGGCUUACUUGGAACCUAUUCUUGUUGCAAUGGAACUUGGGCAGGAAAUACUACAAGGAAAUACUGGUGAUGAUGAACAAACAACGGUUGAGGAAUGCAAGAGUAGUGAGAUAGCCAUGGAGGUAGAUAAUUCUGAUGCCAUAGCUGUUACUCAACCUGAUGGGACUACAUCUAAUGUAGUCACCAUAACACAUGAGCAGUUAGCAAAUUUGUUUGCAAAUUCUGGUGCUGCUGGUGGAGCUGGUAAUGUCAUAGUCACCUCAUUACCUGAUGGUACUGGAGCUCAGUCUGGUUUAUCAAUUGCUACCAUCUUGCAAGAUGUUGUCUCUGGUAUGCAAGCUGGAUCAAAUGGUAAUACAGCAACUAUACAAGCUGACACAACUGGUGGUUCAUACUAUUUGGUCACACAAGGUGGUAGUAUUCCAAUAGUAAUACCACCAAAUGGUUCAGGUACUGGUGUGGCUAGUAUGAAUUUAGUGCAGGCAACAUCUGGUGAUGCAGAAACUUUUGUAACUGUCAAUCAAGAGGCUUUACCAGAAGGAGUUUUGACUGCAGCUGUUCCAUCAGAUGCUCCAGAUGAUCCAGCAGGUGUUGUUGAUACAUCUGGUAUGAGUGAUGGCGAUGGUCUUGGUGAAUCCAGUGAUCAUGAAUUAGCCACAGCUGCAGCUGCUGUAGAAAAUGACAAAGGUGUUUUACAAGAGGCUAUUACUUCCACACCUGGUCCGCUAUUGAAUACGACUGGAAAACGACGUCUCAGCAACGGGCCACGUGUAUGCGAACAGUGUAACAAAGCAUUCAAGUAUCCAUCUGAUCUAAAGAAGCACUUACAGAUCCACACUGACAUCAAAAAGUUCAAAUGUGAUGAGUGCAACCGUUUCUUCCGUCGUCUUCAUCAACUUAUCGUUCAUCAACGUAUUCACACUGGCGAGAAACCUUACGUUUGUAAACACUGUGGUACAGCAUUCCGACAUGACUCGACAUUAACGAUGCAUGUCCGAACGCGUCACGAACAUAAACGACCGUUCAAAUGUGAGUACUGCGAUCAUACGUUCGGCCGACUUUCGCAUUUACGAAAACACAUGAAGAAAGUUUGUGGGCCCAACAAACCAGAGAAGCAAGCUACCAUGGUGAUCCAGUGCAAGUACUGUGAAGAAAUAUUCCCAAGUAAGAUUGAGCUUCGUAAGCAUCUGUUGACAUGCGAGAAGAAAGAAUGUAAACCCAAAGAGCCAAGUCAAGUUGCUUUGCACGUGUGUAACAUCUGCAACAAAGACUUUGCUAGUCCUUACAAUGUUCGACGACAUCAAUUGACGCAUAGUGAUGACAGACCUUACGAAUGUCAGUAUUGUAGCAAGUCCUUUAAGGAGAAAUCUUCUUUAACAAAGCACGUCAAACGUGUUCAUUUGGAAAAAGAGAAAGAUGAACCAUGUGAGCUUAUGGUUAGUAUUACAGCCCAUGAUCAGCAGUUUGAGGUCGUUUCUGUUCCUGCAAACGAUGAAAGUAUCCUCGCAGGUGCUGGUGCGGUGUCUUCAAGCAAUGAAAACGACGGUGAGACGGAGACAGUAGAUUCCUCAACCUUAGUUCAUGUUGCUGCUAGUGUGAUGGUUGAACAACUACUACAUAGUGAAGAACAAGCACAAGAAAACUCCGUCACCAACUCUGACACAUCCUCCCAACAAGCCAUCUUCAUGACGUGCAAGUCCGAAGUGAACGAAACAGAUUCUUAUGCUGGUCAACUGGUGUCGGAUGAAACUGUGAGUUGUUUAACUGAGUCUGAUAUCAACACAAGCGAAGAUUUACUCCAACAAGAUACUGAGCAAGCAGAUGAGGAUGAAGGGGCCAUACUGGAGGAAAACAACGAGGUGCAAGUGAGUAGUGCGGAGUACGAUGAGGCUCAUCCAACCAAGAACAAUAUUUUAGAAGCUAAUCCUGUUGAUGAGCAUGCGCAGUCCAUGGAAUUAGGUGAGACCGAAAAUGGCCAGGUUGUAGCAGCAGCCAGUGAUAGUCAAAAAGAAGAACAAACUACUGACUAACUAAAAUAAUAAGAGUUCGUUGUAUUUUUUGAAAAGCUUGUUUUAAACAAGUGCUUGACGGCUCAACCAUAUGGAGUAAAGAACAUGCGAGAAGUAAACAUUUAGUCAUGGCAUCGAGUAGUGAAAAGAAUAUACCCAUCCUGAUAAUUUUAGACCUUGAUUUGUCUUCUAAGAAUGGCUGUGUACAUCAUCUUUUCCACUGUUUUACCAGACUUACGCUCGCUCUAACGGAGACACGGAGUUAUAAAUCAGUUGCACUUUAGUGACUUUAUACAGUAUUUAUAUUACAUGGUAGUGUUUCGUAAGUUUUCAUCGUAAGUUCUGUGACCAUAUUCGUGACAUAACUAUAAACUAUAGUUGACUAGACUCUUAUAUUUUUUAUACCUUGUAUGGAUUAAAACAGUGUACUUGAUU